AUGGACAGUUCAAGCAUUUUUAUAGAAUGUGGUAGUAGUCAAGGGGAAGAUGUAGAAGUUGAUCACGGUGAUUGUGGUGGUUAUGAUGAUGAUACAUUUUGGGUUCCUGCAAUCGGGAUGUGUUUUUCUUGUCUAGAGAAAGUUAAAACAUAUUAUCAAGAGUAUGCUUUAAAAAAGGGGUUUGGAUGGAGGAUUAGAUCAUCGAAAAAAGGAGAUGACGGGGAGGUCAACUAUCUAAUACUUUCAUGUUCAAGAGAGGGGUCUAACAUUUCAAAAAUUUCAUGCACAUUAAAGAUACUACCAUCUAGAGCAAAAAAUUGUCCUGCCAAGAUUUGUAUUAAAUUGAAACAAGAUGGUUUUUGGUACAUUACACAAUUUGAAUCUAACCAUUCUCAUGAGACUAGCCCUACAAAAGCAAGAUUGUUCAAGGCUAACAAGAAAAUGAACUUACAUGUGAGGAGAACAAUCCAAAUCAAUGAUGAUGCGGGAGUAAGGAUCAACAAGACUUUUCAAUCGCUUGUUAAAGAUGCAGGAGGACAUGAAAAUAUUCUCUUUUGUGAAAAAGAUGUGAGGAAUUAUAUUAACAAAGAGUGUCGUGCAAUUGGAAAAGAAGGUGAUGGUAAGGCUUUGAUUAAUUAUUUUUGUAAAAUGAGGGAACAAAAUACGGAUUUCUUCUAUGACAUAGAUUUGGAUGAUGAUUUUCAUGUGAGGAAUGUAUUUUGGGCUGAUGCAAGAAGUAGAGCCACUUACGAAUAUUUUGGAGAUGUUGUAACUUUUGACACAACAUACUUGACAAACAAGUAUGACAUGCCUUUUGCUGCACUCGUGGGUGUGAAUCACCAUGGUCAAUCAACAUUACUUGGUUGUGGAUUACUUUCAAGUGAAGACACGGAUUCUUUUGUGUGGUUAUUUAAGUCAUGGCUUCAUUGUAUGCUAGAAAAAGCACCUUUGGGUAUUGUGACCGAUCAAUGUAAGGCUAUGAAAAAUGGUAUUGAGUUAGUCUUCCCUACAACUCGUCAUAGGUGGUGUUUAUGGCAUAUAAUGAAAAAAAUUCCAGAAAAGCUAAGUGGAUAUGGUGAAUACAAAAGGAUCAAGUAUGCAAUGAAAGAAGUCAUCUAUGAUACAUUUACAACAACUAGUUUUGAAAAAAAUGGUGUUCGUUCAUAG